AGCGCUGCUCCCAGCCUAGUCCUGCUCCCAGACGCCGACAGGCCGCGGACGUAGGACUCAAGGCUCGCUCCUGCUGGCGCGCUUGUUUUCCUGCCGUUGCAGCCGCCUCGCCCUGCGCAGCCCCCGCCCGCGGGUCCGCAAUACUCCACUCAGCCCCGCCCGCCACCCGUGCCCAGCGCUGGAUUUAUGAAUGGGGGGAAGAGGCCACAUGCCGCCGCCGCCGCCGCCUGGUGUUGACCGUACGCAGCCCGGGCCAACGAAGCUUCAGUUUCGGUGAGAGCGUCGCCCAGGUCCUGGAAGCCGCUUGGAAGACUUGUUGCUGCUGCGCUACAGCCGCGGGGGGAAACCAGCAGCUCCUGGAGCUCGAUGCGGUCUGGGAGCCAGAGGGUGGCCCGCGUGAGUGUGAGCGCGCGCGCGUCCUGGCCCCUCGCAGUGCGCCUGGACUGUGCGCUACCUUGUCUUUUGGGGGUGGGGUGGAGGGGGGCGUGUCGCGGCCCCGAGAGUCUGUUUGCCCUAUUCUCGCAGCAGAACGUGUGUGUGCUUACCCCUGCCUCCCCAGGACCCUCACUUGGAUUCUCGGCCCACCUCUCCAUCUCUUGUCCCCCUCCUUGGCGCUGCCUGCCCCAACCUCAACCACCUGUGCACCCGACAAACCCAACUCCUCCCGCUCCGCGCCCCGGGGGGGAGGCAGGGGCAGGGCCAAGCCGCAGAGGGGGCCGCCACCUCCUCCUGCCUCCGGCCUCCUCCUCGUCUCCUCCCCCUCCCCCGUCUGACGCUGCCUCCUCGGGAAGGGUGUUUGGAGGGCAGCGGCCGCCCUAAGCCGGAGCCCCGCAGCGCUUCUUAUGAUCAGCUCGGUGUGUGUCUCCUCCUACCGCGGGCGCAAGUCGGGGAACAAGCCUCCGUCCAAAACAUGUCUGAAGGAAGAGAUGGCCAAGGGAGAGGCGUCGGAGAAGAUCAUCAUCAACGUGGGCGGCACGCGACAUGAGACCUACCGCAGCACCCUGCGCACCCUACCGGGCACCCGCCUCGCUUGGCUGGCGGAUCCCGACGGCGGGGGCCGACCCGAGUCCGAUGGCGGCGGUGCAGGCAGCAGCGGCGGCGGGGGCUGCGAGUUCUUCUUUGAUCGGCACCCAGGCGUCUUCUCCUACGUGCUCAACUACUACCGCACAGGCAAGCUGCACUGCCCAGCCGACGUGUGCGGGCCGCUCUUCGAGGAGGAACUUACCUUUUGGGGCAUCGAUGAGACCGACGUGGAGCCCUGCUGCUGGAUGACAUACCGACAGCACCGAGACGCCGAGGAGGCGCUUGACAUCUUCGAGAGCCCGGACGGAGGCGGCGGCGGCACGGGGCCCAGCGACGAGGCCGGCGACGAUGAGCGGGAGCUGGCCCUGCAGCGCCUGGGCCCCCACGAGGGCGGCGCGGGUCCCGGUGCUGGGCCCGGGGGCUGCCGCGGCUGGCAGCCUCGCAUGUGGGCCCUCUUCGAGGAUCCUUACUCCUCUCGGGCGGCCAGGGUGGUGGCCUUCACGUCACUCUUCUUCAUUCUGGUCUCCAUCACCACCUUCUGCUUGGAGACCCAUGAGGCCUUCAACAUCGACCGAAAUGUGACAGAGAUCCACCGCGUGGGGAACAUCACCAGCGUUCGCUUCCGGCGGGAGGUGGAGACAGAGCCCAUCCUGACCUAUAUCGAGGGCGUGUGUGUGCUGUGGUUCACACUGGAGUUCCUGGUGCGCAUCGUGUGCUGCCCCGACACGCUGGACUUUGUCAAGAACCUGCUCAACAUCAUUGACUUUGUGGCCAUCUUGCCCUUCUACCUGGAGGUGGGGCUGAGCGGCCUGUCGUCCAAGGCAGCCCGAGACGUGCUGGGCUUCCUGCGCGUGGUGCGCUUUGUGCGCAUCCUGCGUAUCUUCAAGCUUACGCGUCACUUUGUGGGGCUGCGCGUGCUGGGCCACACGCUGCGGGCCAGCACCAAUGAGUUCCUGUUGCUCAUCAUCUUCCUGGCCCUGGGCGUGCUCAUCUUCGCCACCAUGAUCUACUACGCAGAGCGCAUUGGUGCCCGGCCCUCUGACCCGAGGGGUAACGACCACACUGACUUCAAGAACAUCCCCAUUGGCUUCUGGUGGGCUGUGGUCACAAUGACGACACUGGGCUAUGGGGACAUGUACCCCAAGACGUGGUCAGGCAUGCUGGUGGGGGCGCUGUGUGCGCUGGCUGGCGUGCUCACCAUUGCCAUGCCUGUGCCAGUCAUUGUUAACAACUUCGGCAUGUACUACUCCCUGGCCAUGGCCAAGCAGAAACUGCCCAAGAAACGGAAGAAGCACGUGCCACGACCACCCCAGCUUGAGUCGCCCAUUUACUGCAAGUCAGAAGAGACGUCACCCCGGGACAGCACUUACAGUGACACCAGCCCCCCUGCUCGGGAAGAGGGUAUGGUGGAGAGGAAACGGGCAGACUCCAAGCAGAACGGCGAUGCUAAUGCAGUACUAUCAGAUGAGGAGGGAGCUGGCCUCACCCAGCCCCUGGCCUCCGCCCCCACCCCUGAAGAGCGCCGGGCCCUGCGACGGUCUGGCACUCGAGACAGAAACAAGAAGGCAGCUGCCUGCUUCCUGCUCAGUGCUGGGGAUUAUGCCUGUGCCGAUGGCAGUGUCCGGAAAGAGACCUGCCAAGACGCCCUCUCGUCCAACUAUGCCCAGGCUGAAGUCCUCACCCUCUCUUAAAGCGGCACCAGCGCAAGAGAGACAGGCAGACAGACAGAAAGCCAAAGGCUUAGGGAAACUCUGGAAACCAGGCAAGAAUCUUUCGCUGGGCAAGACUCAGAAAUCCUUGUUUGCACAGGACUGAUGGGAAACCUCCCAUGCAACCCUCAGGGCCCGGAGCCAUCUGGGUCUGAUGUUCUGUUCUAUUGUAUAUUGAAGAGAUAUAUAUGCACAUAUAGUAUCUAUAUUCAUACAUACUAUACUCUUGUGUGUAGUGCACGUGCUAUUGGUGGUCUGUCUUCUUUGUUAGGCUGUGUCUCCCCAAGCCCAUCCCCAGCCCCAAACUCCCACUUUCCCCCUUUACAGAUUUCUUGUUGAUUCUGCUGAAAAUGUGUCUGAAAUGUCCCAGGAAAAGCACACCUGGAAACCACCAUUCCAUCUGGGUGGUCCCAGGCUAGACUUUCCCUCUUGGGGGUGUUCCCUCUGUCGGCAGGUGGUCAGUUGAAGGCCAUACAGUCCCCAAGGGUCAUUGUUCCACUAGCCCCCACCCCAGAUUGGGGUUCUACCUCCCACCCCACGCCCUAGUUGUGGGGGACUUCCAGGGGCUCCUCUGCAGCUUCCACUACUCUACCCUCCACCCCAAACUAUGUCCUUGACUGAGGGGGCAUUUUGUCUUAUUUUUUAUUUUUUGUUCCCAUCUCCUUUGUCCAUUUUUUUUCAAAGAUGCUGCUGGGCAAAUGGGCAGGGGUGGGGUCUGUCUGCCCUUCUGGCUCAGGGGUCUGAGAAGGGGAAGCCUUGGGCAAGAGGAGACCAGUUGCAAUACUGUACUUCCUGGCCAGUGGCCAGAGGCUGCGUGCAAUAGCAGAGGCCAGGCAACCCCUUCAGCUUCGGCCUCUGCCCCUCCCUCGGCCUCACUCCCCACCUCACCCUGCAGUCCCUACACGUCCCUGGUGUUGGUCAGUCCAUUUCUAAGCUGUCCCCUGUGUGUGUCUGAGGCAUGCCUAGGCCAGGCCUGCUGCCCUGUCUGCUUGCCUCUGGACUGUCAUGCUGUGCUGGAGCCCCAAUAAACAUCCAGAGCCGUCUGGCUGCUCCUGCUGUGUGAGUGUCUGC